CCUAAGAGUAACCAAAAUCGUAGCCAAAAAUCUUUAGGGGCUAAAAUAUUCUGAUUAUUGAUUUACCCUGUUGCCUUUUGUGAUGAAAAAACCACUUUAUUUUGCUUUUUAAGUCUAUCAUCUGACUUUUCUGAUUCAGGAUCUUUUUUAUCUGCACUGAAAUCAGGGAACCCAUCUCAGUGAAUACAUCUCUUGAGAGUGACUAUUCCUGGCUUGCAGUGGAGAACAAACAUGGAGCUUUUCAAGGAUGCAAGUUCCCUCCUCACUAAUGCAUUUUCUGUAUGUCUUAGUGAAGGAAUUUUCUGUGCCUCCUGGAGUGGUGGUGGUUGUUGGUAUGAAAAAGAUGUAAAAUUGGUCUCUAAAAGCUAUGCAGAUCCCAGAUGAAUAGAAACAUGUGGAUGAAAUUAAUUUAGAGGAAUGGAAACCUAAUUUGAAAUCACAGGAUACAAGAAAAAAAAAUCAAAAAUAAGAAAACAAGUCUGUAAAUGAUUAAGGAUAGGAAUGAAUCUCAGAAGCAUCCUUUAAGAAUGACUAACAAAAGCAGUAAAUCAUGAAGCAGUUAAAAAGACAAAAGUGUUUAAGAUUAAGGAAAGAAAACAGUAUGAAAGUAUACAAAGCAAAGAAGAGGAGAACUUGGAGAAAAAAGAAGCUCGCAGAGGCUCAGCGCAGGUUUGCCACACUUCAGAAUGAGCUUCAGUCAUCACUGGAUGCACAAAAAGAAAGCAGUGGUGUUACUACACUGCGACAACGCAGAAAGCCAGUCUUCCACCUGUCCCACGAGGAACGCGUCCAACACAGAAAUAUUAAAGACCUUAAACUGGCCUUCAGCGAGUUCUACCUCAGUCUUAUCCUGCUGCAGAACUAUCAGAAUCUGAAUUUUACAGGGUUUCGAAAAAUCCUUAAAAAGCAUGACAAGAUCCUGGAAACAUCUCGUGGAGCCGAUUGGCGAGUUGCCCAUGUAGAAGUGGCCCCAUUUUAUAUAUGCAAGAAAAUCAACCAGCUCAUCUCUGAAACUGAGGCUGUAGUAACCAAUGAACUUGAAGAUGGCGACAGACAAAAGGCUAUGAAGCGUUUACGUGUCCCACCUUUGGGAGCUGCUCAGCCUGCACCAGCAUGGACUACUUUUAGAGUUGGUCUAUUUUGCGGAAUAUUCAUUGUACUAAAUAUUACCCUUGUGCUUGCAGCUGUUUUUAAACUUGAAACAAAUAGAAAUAGAUGGCCCUUGAUAAGAAUCUAUCGGGGUGGUUUUCUUCUGAUUGAAUUCCUUUUUCUGCUGGGCAUCAACACAUAUGGUUGGAGACAAGCUGGAGUAAAUCAUGUACUCAUCUUUGAACUUAAUCCGAGAAGCAAUUUGUCUCAUCAGCAUCUCUUUGAGAUUGCUGGAUUCCUGGGGAUAUUGUGGUGCCUGAGCCUUUUGGCAUGCUUCUUUGCUCCAAUUAGUGUCAUACCCACAUAUGUGUAUCCACUUGUCCUUUAUGGAUUUAUGGCUUUUUUUCUUAUCAACCCCACCAAGACUUUCUAUUAUAAAUCUCGAUUUUGGCUGCUUAAAUUGUUGUUUCGAGUAUUUACAGCUCCCUUCCAUAAGGUAGGCUUUGCUGAUUUCUGGCUGGCUGAUCAGCUGAACAGCCUGUCAGUGAUACUAAUGGACUUGGAAUAUAUGAUCUGCUUCUACAGUUUUGAGCUCAAAUGGGAUGAAAGUAAAGGCCUGUUGCCAAAUGAUCCAGAAGAACCAGAAAUUUGCCACAAAUAUUCAUAUGGUGUACGAGCUGUUGUUCAGUGCAUUCCUGCUUGGCUUCGCUUCAUCCAGUGCCUGCGCAGAUACCGAGACACUAAAAGGGCCUUUCCUCACUUAGUUAAUGCUGGCAAAUACUCUACAACUUUCUUCACGGUGACGUUUGCAGCUCUCUACAACACUCACAAAGAACUAGGUCACUCAGAUACCAUAGUGUUCUUUUACCUGUGGAUCGUCUUUAAUAUCAUCAGUUCCUGCUAUACCUUGAUCUGGGAUCUAAAGAUGGACUGGGGUCUCUUUGAUAAGAAUGCUGGAGAAAACACUUUCCUCCGUGAAGAAAUUGUAUAUCCUCAAAAAGCCUACUACUACUGUGCCAUCAUAGAAGAUGUGAUACUACGCUUUGCUUGGACUGUCCAAAUCUCAAUUACCACUAUGCCUACGUUGCCUCAUUCUGGAGACAUCAUUGCUACUGUCUUUGCUCCUCUUGAGGUUUUCCGGCGAUUUGUUUGGAACUUCUUCCGCCUGGAAAAUGAACACCUGAAUAAUUGUGGUGAAUUUCGUGCCGUGCGGGACAUCUCUGUGGCUCCCCUGAAUGCAGAUGAUCAGACACUCCUAGAGCAGAUGAUGGACCAGGAUGAUGGGGUACGAAACCGCCAGAAGAAUCGGUCAUGGAAGUACAACCAGAGCAUAUCCCUACGCCGGCCUCGCCUCACUUCUCAAUCCAAGGCACGUGACACUAAGGUAUUGAUAGAAGACACAGACGAUGAAGCUAACACUUGAGUUCUCUGGAGUCUAGAUUAAUACUCUUGGGUUUCGUACUCUGCAGUUCUUUCCUUGACCAACGCAACCUCUAGUACCUUUUUCCAGCUGAAAACAGGAGAAAACACAUAACACAUUUUCCGAGCUCUUCCAGAUCGGAUCCUAUGGACUCCAAACAAGCUCACUGUGUUUCUUUUCUUUUCUUCUGGUUUAAUUUUAAUUUUCUAUUUUUAAAACAAAUAUUACAUCAUUUUGCCAAUCAGAGGACAUUUUAAGGACAAAAACAUAGUAUCUAUGGAUUGUUCACUAUCACAAGGACACAGAUACCUAUUCAGGAUGAAGAACAGACAUUGCAAGACCCUCUGAUGGGACAGUACCGAGAUGCCUCGGCUUCCAUUUGACCCGGUUUUGACUGGUUAAAACCGGACAUUGAUUUUUAAAUUUUUGUCAGUUUAUGUGGAGAAUUUUUUUCCUUCCCUUCAUACCUAGCGCAGAGGGACUGGCCGCACUUGCAGGAAAAGUGCAAUGUAGAGCAGUACCUUCAUUCACGAAGCUACUUUUUAAUUUGAUGUAACUUUUCUUAUUUUGGGGAGGGUUGCUGGGUGGGUGGGAAAUAGAUGUAUUUGUUACAUAAAGUUUUCUCAUUAUUUAUGAAAUUUAACCAUAAAAGAAUGAAAUAACUCUUGUGCAAUGAAGAUUAUAACAGUGAAAGAUGACAGGGGAAACUAACAUUGGUGACAUUUGUGAGAGUCAGUCCCAUAUACCUCUUUAGGAGACAACUUGCACCAGUUUGACUUUUCUUUGCUUUGCUUUUAAUUUUAAGCCAAAGUUUUAUUACUAAAUUUUCAGUUGCUGCUGCUUUACAGUCCUGAGCAUCUCUCCCGUAGCAAGGCAUCCCACACAUUUCCUUACCACUGGUUGAAAUUCCCAUAAGGGAUUCUGAUUUUUUUUUUUUCUGAACAAACAUGGAAUACAUUUGCCCAUAUUCCGAUCAUAGCAACUGAAGUAACGUCUUACUGCGCUUCGGCAUGUAAGGUAAUUGUAGUAUAAUCUUUGCUAAUGCUGGAUUGGAAGACAGAGUCACUUCAGAGACUCUUCACAGUCUUAUUAGUUUUUUCCCUUUGGUCUCAUCCCUUUAGCCAGAAUUCUACUGAAUUAAAAAGGUCUUUGUAAGGACACUGUAUUUUUGAGCACAUAGAAAAAUUAUCUUUCUUCCUUCAUAUUAUAGUGAUACAAAAGACCUUGGCAACCAUUUUUCUGAGCAGUCUGAAAAGCUGAAUGUUGAAUUUCAUGCUCUCCAAUAAUAGAAACCUGCUUUUAAAGUUUGAGCUGGGGGUCUAAAUCUGUCUAUGUAUAGGAAAUAUAUUUCCCUGAAAAUUAAGAUUAAUAAUGGUCUACGUGAAAUGACCAUUUCACUUUUGUCUUACUUAUUCCCUUCCUAAGUUCCCUUGAUUCACCAGAAAACCUUAAGACUUUUUAUUUUCUUGAAUAGGGUUGGGAUUAAAUUUAGUGUUCAGAACUGGCAAUAUAAUUCUGAGAUAGACACUUGCCCAGCAUGCACAAAACCCUGGGUUUUAAAAAAAAAUUAAGAAAAUUGACAUGAAAUUAAAUGAAAAGCUAAUAUAAAUACCAGGAAGAAGUAAAGUUGUAAACACCUUAUCCCCAAGGCUCAAAUGGAGAUUCAAAAAACUUAAUUUUACACAAAGGGUCAAAUAAAAAAGAUAGCUAUUGACACUUGCUUGUUUUAAAAAUUGCCCUUUUAUUCACCACUUUUGCAUUCUGCUCACAUAUCAUAAAUCUUUAUUCAUCCCUGUCAUGAUUCUAGUAAAUUGUAUUAAAGUUGCUUUUAAUACAAAAUUUCUGCCAAUUAACUACAAAUAGUUUCUUUUAAAAAGAGUUUCUUCUUUAGUCUGUAAACUUCCAAAUUGUGUUCCCUUUCUGAAUCAAGAGUACUUUUUUCCUGAAAAGUUGUACAGCAUUGUGGCUCCUAUUUUUUUGUGUGUGUUUUUCCCUUGUCCCAAAACUGAAGAGAAAACACUUGCUUUUUUAAACAAAUAAAUUGAAAUCUUUAUAAUAAUCAGUGAUAACUAUUUAGUGACCCUUGGUAGAUUAAACGUUGUGCUAUAUCUACUUAAGAUUUUCCCCCUCGUUCUUCUGUUUUUUAUACUGUAGUAUAUGGGGAAAUAUCACUGGCCUGUCAAGCAAUAGUGACAGUUAUCACUGAGUACAUAAAGAAUGAUCAGUGAUCAGUCAUUUCUUAUACAAAUAAAAUUGGUAGUGCUAAUACAUAUCCAAAGCCAUUGAGUUGUCAGUUUCAUUCUGUUAGCAAAUCUAUGUGAUCAGACACACAAUUUUAUACUUCUUGUUUUUCAACUCCCCAAUGUUUGCACUUCAGUAUAUCCUGUGACCAGUUUGGUCUUUCUCCAACUUUUAUGAUUCUAGGUCCUAAUCAUAUUGUUUUUUCAUAGAUAAUAUUAUGAUAGAAAGUCCUAUUUUCUGAUAAUGUUUGUGCUGUUGGCAUAGUUAUUAGAAAAAAUAAGCAUGUAAAUUUCCAUUUACUGUGACAGAUACUCAACCAUGUAUUUAAACAUACACCUUUAUGUAAAGAGAAGAGAGGGCUUUUCCUCAUCAAGAAAGUUUGGGAGACAAGUAUAUUUUUAAAUUCUUCCCUUCAAAAAAGGCAAUAUACAUGUUUUACUUCUCAACUUUAUAUACCCUAGCCAUCAUAAAAAAUGCUAUCUCCUACCUAAAAUUUUAUUGGAAACUUAUAUACACUGAAACUCAAGAGAACUCUUGAGAUGAAUGUGACAGUCAUUUUACAGUCUAACCAAAGAUAAAAAUUUAAUCUCAUUUUAGAUUUAGAAAUCCUAGUUUUCUUUUUAAGAAGCACUCAAUUUUAGUAUCAAAAAUACUCCGCUACAGGACUGAAAGUACAAAUAAAAGAAUAAAAUUCCUUUUUUAUUUUAUGAUAGUAUUAAAAGUAUUACUAUACAUAGAGAAAUUAGAAAGACAAAGAAGAGUGGUUUAUUUGCUAUGCACAAAAGAGUGCUGAUAAUUAAGGUUUCCUAUACCAUUACAAAGAAUAAUAGGUGAAGUUUAUAUCAUAUGGAAAGUAUGAAAUGAUCAAAGAUUGAAGUCAUUAAUUAGGUUUUAAGUAGCUAUUUCUUUGGAAAGAAGCUAAAAACUCACAACUUUUUUUUCCAGCACUUAACCAUUAGACUCUGUAAGGAAAUUGUUUAAUUUCAGAUUCAGAAGCAAUGGUAUGAGAGGAAAAUGCCAGUACCUCAGCAAUGACUUGUGUGAACCCUUGAAGAAGGAAAGUAAGGUCAGACUCUUAGGAUCCAUUACACCCAGAAUUGAAAGAUGACAUUUCUGACCUCCUACUAGAAGUAACUUAUUGAUAUAUGGUAUCUUUCCACAGUGAUUUAACCAAAGUACAUUUACAAGUAGCAAAGGAGUUAAUUUCUGCAUAACUGAACUAAGUCAAAGUAACAAUAGAAAAGAUAGCCUAGCACUGAGUCAGGCAAGUAGCACACUGCUUGGAGAGUAAUAAUGUUGAAGGUAACAGAGAAGAGCAAGAUGAUGGACCACGCACGGCAGCAGAAGCGAGUUACCAGGAAAGCAUGUGAGCCUGAAGGCACACAGGUGACGCCUCUCCAUCUCCAUCAGUAGUUCCCACACUGCUGAGAAGAGCUGUCUUUAUCUUCUCAUUUCCUCAUUACUUUGCAUUAUUCAGGAAAUAGCUCUUUAUCCCCAAAUGCAGUUUUCUAAGCAGUGACUAGAAAAAGAAUUAUUCUAAGGAAAAUAAUUUAGAAAAUUGCCAUGUCUGUAGUAUUAUUUUAUUUUAAAAUUUUGGAUUCUCUGAAGUGAUUACACUAAUUUGGUAAAUAAGGUUUGAGGUUAUUGUUCUUUAAUAGUUUACAUAAAAUUUACCUAACUCAAAAGAUAAGUAUUAUAUAUUUAAAUUUUUUAAAUUAGCAUAGCUUCUGGAUUAAAAAUAAUCUUACUGAGUCUAUGGUUCUCUUUAAUACAGAAAUCACUGUAUUUUUUUUUGAAUCAAAUAAGCCAGUGUCAUUACAGAAGAACUGUAGUGACCUGUGAGAAUAGAAAUUCUGAUUAAGCUUUGAGAAAAGUUAGGUAAAGAAGAAUAAAUCAUUUAGAUCGUUUUCACCUCAUUGAUUUAAAGUAAUUUUCUUUGCCUGUUGUAAUUAGUUAAAGCAAGGAAAGUUAAAGACUUUCUAAAUUUAUAUAUAUAUAUUUCUACAUUACAAAUAUCAAUACCAAGUGUUAAAAUCUCCCAACUUUUCUACAUUGUGAAUCAAUACAGUUAUACUUAUUAAUAAGCAAUAGAGUUCAUUUUAUUAUAGUAUAAGAAAUGUGUUUUUUAGUGUUGCAGAUCAAACUAACCAGCAUUAACCACGCACUAUUCACCAAACAUGAAUAGUAAACUCUUAACUAAAUUUAGAAAAGCAUAAAUUAAUGGGAGAAUUUUGCCAAGGCAUGAAGGAAAGCUUGCUGCUUGAUAUGGCUCAUGAGGCCUUUCUUGUAUGAAUUAUCAAAACUGACAAUUGCCCUCAGAAGCAACUUUUCAGAACAUAUUUUCUUAAUUCCUGGUGGAAGAGGAAGUGAAAGGGACAAAAUGAAUUGCCCUUGAAAAGAGAAGCAUCAUUAUACUAAUUUUUAAUUUAAAUACAUUAUAGCAGACCUUCGGUUUAUUUUAUUAAAGCAAUCCUACCACUUUUGUUUUUCCUUUUUUUUAUUUUAUUUUUUUGUAUGGUGCCAUCAACCUAAGGACAAUCAAAUAACCUAUUGCUUGCCUUGGAUUCAGUAUGUCUGUUAAUUACACAGUUCCAUCUUGUAUACCUACAAACCAGUUAUGUGACGAAACUUCCACUAUAUCCCCUUUCCUCUAGAGGUACUACCCCAUGUCAGAGAACGGAUUGCACUACUGCUAGGAAGAUGGGGACUUCAAAGAGCAUCUCACUAUCCCUUGAUCAUUACCUUUGAGGUCCCUCCUACACCUCCCUGUUUGUCCAUAUCCACACCAGCAUGGCAGUACUAAGAAGAAACAUUGUGAGAAAUCCCUGAAGAGUAAUUAUUCAUGGCAUUGUUUUGAAGUGUAAAGUAAAAUUGUGAGCCACUCACAUUUCAGUUGCAAAAAGAACGAAGCUUAAAAUCACAUUGUGAAGAGUUAAUUUCUUGCCAUUUUCUGGGUUAGCACAGAUGUUGUUUCAACCCAGAGUAUUUAGGAGGGAAAUGAGGUGAAAAGUGCAUUUUUAUUUUUAAACUCUGUCCCUGUACUUGUGUUUCUUUGACACACCCUGCCUCCUCCAUGCCGUGUUGGUUAAUGAUACUAUUCUAUGAAAUCCUGAACUCUAGUUGUCAAAAGUAACUAUGGAUUGUGAUUAGUCCCCUGUGGGUGCUUCUUUCGUUUCCUCUAUUUUCUCCCUUUCUUUCUUACUCUCCACUCUGGUAAAUGGAAAAGGUGACGUCAAAGAAUUGAUGCUUGCUUGGACUCAUGUUGUAUCUGUGACUAUGCUAUUAGCUGUCUCCUUUUCCCUUCUUACAUGGGUAGUAUUCUUAUGACAUGUGGAGUUCCCUUCUUGAUAAGUAGGUUAAAUGCACAAUGUGGUACUGUUUUAUAGUUUCUAGAUGGUUGUAUAAAGCAAAAAGUUAAUGUGGUUAUGUGUUUUUAAAAGAAAAUAAGUGAUUGGUUACAAAACCCUGUCUUUUUCAUUAUUACAAGCUCUCUGUUUUCCAACAUUUUGCCGACUCCUUUGUCAUUGUUAAAUGGUUUGUGUCGCUGUGUUUUUCUCACUGGAUUUCUUGGAUUCCUGAACAUGGUUCCUCUUAUGAUUAACUUGUAUAUGGGCUUAAGACAAUACAAUGGUGAAAAUUUUUAAACUAUUUUACUAAAUUAAAAAAUAAUCUCAA